UUGUGUCAUUAUUAUUAUUAUUAUUCGACGAAACUCGAUAUGUCACAUUAUGAGAUGUCACCUCCAGCUGUCUCGAGAUGACGUUUCCUCGAAAAAUCAACAGUCACGAUGCAUAGACUGUCUAGAGUAGAGAUCAACAUCACGGAUACGAUAUACUUUGUAAACCGAUCUUAAGGCCUCCCACUUCACUCGAGAUCCACGAAGUCGCAAGUCAUGUGACACAAAUUUCAAUAACAAAUGUUAUUAAUAAAUGGAUAAAUUAUAAAUUAUUAGCCUAUCAGUAUACGUGUAUCACGUACUAUGAAAUGAACUUAUGAGAAAGAACGAUCGCAAUUUAAGGAGGAUUACCGAAGACGCGGCACGAUGACAAACACAGGAGGUAAAGUAGUCGCCAAUCUGCGAGAAAAGUUCGUGUCGCCGAACGUAUUACGGUGGUUCCCAGGACAUAUGACGAAGGGUCUGCGACAGAUGCAACAACGAUUGAAAAAUGUUGAUUGCAUCCUAGAGGUUCACGACGCGCGGGUACCGAUUUCUGGACGUUACGCAGACUUUAGCAGGACCUUGAUCGGCGUGAAGCCGCAUAUAAUCAUCUUAAGCAAAAAAGAUCUAACGGACAGGAAACAAACUGAAAGUGUAAUCUCUACGUUAAACAGGGAAGGGCUGUCCAACAUGAUCCUUACAAACCUCAAAGAUGAUCAGUGCAAAGGCAUGAAGAAGAUUUUAUCCUUAGCCAAGAAAUUGAUAUUAGAUUCAAAUCGUUACAAUAGAAUGGAGGAGGAAUCAUAUUCCAUGAUGGUCAUCGGUGUGCCCAAUGUUGGAAAGUCCUCUCUGAUUAAUCGUUUGAGAAGCAAUCAUCUUCAUUUGGGCAAGGCUACUCAGGUCGGUGGAGUAGCUGGUAUCACGCGUUCCGUAUUGACCCAUAUAAAAAUAUCGGAGGAUCCAACAGUAUAUUUGAUUGACACCCCAGCGAAAAUGUUUGCGAGAGUAACAUUUUAUCCAACUUUGUUUUACAACGUUGUUAUGGAAAAGAUCACAACUCGAAAUUGGUACGAUAGGAUAGACGAGACUGUCAUACUGGGCGCCUUACCAUUCCGACGAUCGACGAAACAGUUGAUUGACGAUGAAAACAUUAAGGCUGUCGUAUCCAUGAAUGAAGAUUAUGAAUUAUCUUUAUUAUCCAAUACGGAGAAGGAAUGGCGCAAGCACAACGUAGAAUUUCUGCAAUUGUCUACAACAGACAUAUUUCAAGCACCUUCUCAAGAAAAACUACAGAAUGGUGUAAAUUUUAUUAAUAAAUUUCGCAAUGUAUCAAGCAGAAAAUUGGGUGACAGAGAUAUCGUCGAUGGUCGCAAUCAACCUGGCACAGUUUACGUUCAUUGUAAAGCAGGAAGAACAAGAAGCGCAACACUCGUCGCGUGUUAUUUAAUAACAAAAAAUAAUUGGACGCCUGAACAAGCAGUGGAUUAUUUGCGAAUAAAGAGACCACAUGUACUGCUCCAUACAGCACAAUGGUCAGCGCUAAAACAAUUUUAUACGAGACAUAUACAAACUACAUCAUAGCUAAUAUUUUUUAUAUAUUAUUUUAUUGAUACUAUAAAUUUAUAUGAAUAGAAUGGAAAUGUAUAAUAAAUAAAAAUUAUUU